AGCACAGCAGUGGCAAAUUGAGCCUGAUGUAUAUUCAUCUUCAUCUACAUGGGAACUGUAAAAUCACUAACAAUUUGCACAUCUGAUAAACAAGACUAAUUUGUACUGGACACACUGAUAAAAGAAAAGGGAAAGUUUCAAUCGACCCUGGGAAUAAAGACCACCUGUGAACAAAGACCACAACGACCAAAUCCCUUGAGUGGUCUUUAUUGACAGCAUUCCCGACUGCAGCCAUUGAGAUUGCCCUGAAGGGGAGCUGAAGUGUUACCCAGCAACAUGCCACUUCAGUGAGAACAUGGACCAGUGCUUCAUGAAGAUCACAUGGACCAAGACUCCAGACAUGACACCCAUCAAACAUGAAGAUCAAGACAUUGAGAUGCCCAAAGAGUUGAGUUCAAGCCCAUCAUCAGGUGAAGGUGGCAUGCCAGAGAAUGGUAGCCUCUCUACCCCACUCUCUAAGAGAAUCAAACAGGAGCUCAUCCAGCAGGGCAGCAGCAACCAGUACCAGGGAUCAACCAAAGAUCUCUCUGGAUCGUGGACCAUGCUAACUCAGUUCUCCCACAACCAGAGCUCCUCUUUCUUCAAUGUGUCCCCCAAACUGGAUCCCUAUGGAGACGAGGUAAUCUUCAUGGGGAUCUCAACUGAACCCAUAGAGAUAUAUGAUCAUGAAGAUGAAGACAUUGUGUACAUCAGUACCUCUAAUAUACAGGAUAGUAACAACGGGGAUCUCAUAUUUGUCAAGGAGGAAAAGCCAAAGCAACCUGGAAAUCAAACAGAAGAUUCAGCUGCUAAAAAGGUGAGAAGGAAUCCUCAAAAAGCUUGCCAAAGAAGGCUGUCAGAUCCAAAUGCAUCACCUGGGACCUCCAGACAUAUGAAAGUAAGGUCAACAGUUUCUACCAGCACUCCAAAACAGUCAACUCUGUGUCCUGCAACCAAACAGACUACUGACAGAAAUAACAAUAGUGCCAAUAGAUCUGUAGAAACUUUGACCCCAAAAAGCAUAGCAGUACAGACAAUACCAACAGAUGGUAUGGCUACACAACUACAAGAAAAACUUGCAUUUAUCCAUAACAUGAAUGGCAGAUUUUUUGCCAUAUAUGGAACCGAUUAUCGCCAUGACAAGGAAUUCAUUCUUGUUUAUAAGAUUGGUUGGAGAUUUAUGCGAUGCUAUGAUCGAGAUGUUGAGCCUGUGUUUUUCUACAGACUGUUCCAUGACUUUGCUGUUGCCAAAGAUGCAUACCCUAGGAGCUAUAUCCAUAUUUUUCACAGACUUAAAGGCUACCUGCAGGCAGCUAUGGACAAGUCCAUUGAACUGCAACGGUUUCAGAUGCCUGGAUAUUCAAUAGGAAAAUGACCUCCUUAAGCAGCCUAGAUCAGACACUUGGCCUCGAUAGUAUCUAGUACUCCAAAUUGCAUACUCAUAUUACUCAUGUAAUAAUCUUUUGAAAAAAUAAAUAAAAAUAACGUGUGA